UUUAGCCUUCUUCUCUCCUGUGUCAAGUUCUCUCUCUUCACUUAUUCUGCACCUUUUUUUCUUCAGUAACAAUGAACUUUCCUCAGAAUCAGAACCCUAAUUUUCCCUUAUUUCUCGAUCAUCAUCAUCAUAACGCGACGAUGGUCGAGCCGGAGUUCGAAAUCUCAGAUUAUCUGAUUUUCGAUGAUUAUUAUCACCACGAUCAUCAUCAUCGUGAUCAAGAUAAUCAAGAUUCUUACUCUUCUCAAAGCAUGGUGUCUUCGGAAACGAUCCCCCAGGGAACAUCCAGUGAUGCAACCUCAAGCAACAGUAACAUGCAAGUGAAAUGCGAGAAUAGGAUGGCGAUGAAGAAGAAGAAGGACACAGAAUUGGGCAACCGGGUUGCUUUCAAGACGAAAUCGGAGCUUGAAGUUAUGGAUGAUGGAUUUAAAUGGAGGAAAUAUGGGAAGAAGUCUGUGAAAAACAGCCCGAAUCCGAGGAACUAUUACAAAUGUUCAAAUGAAGGAUGCAAUGUGAAGAAAAGAGUAGAAAGAGAUAGAGAAGAUUCAAGCUAUGUGAUAACAACUUAUGAAGGAGUUCACAACCAUGAGACUCCUUGUGUUGUUUAUUAUAAUCAAAUCCCUUCUCUCAAUACGCUUCCUAAUGAUGCAUGGACAUCUCAGGCUUCUUCUCCGCCCUUUUCUUCUUCUUCUUCAUAGUUAUCUAUCUUCUCUCCUUCAUAUCGAAUUAUCAGUAUAGUUAGCCUAUCAUUGCACACUUUUCAGUAUUCACCGAUGGGUAUCAUUAAAAUAUACUGAUUUUAUGUUCCUGUAAUAUUACCAGACUGAUACCUCAUGUGAUGAAAUCAGUUUAGAUUGUCAUUAUAGACUUUAAUUUAAGCUUGUUUAACCAUUGUCAACUUGUAGCACAUCUUGUAUAAUACGAUACCAUCGCAUGAACUUUUUAAGCCAUGCAUAUGCUUGUUUAAAAGUUUUUGAUUUGGGCUCAAGUGAUGCUAAUAGAGUCGCCAAGAAAUCGUUUAUAUGGAUUUGGAGCCCAACUUGGUUUUUUGGGUUCACAUA